AUGGCAGGACGCACCCUUGGCGCUGCCCUCCGCGCGACCCUGAAGCGCUCGGCCCGGUCGCCCGCCAUUCUGCGACCCAUGCACCUCAUCGCGUGGCCUCUUCCUUCAAGCGCGUCGACCGUCCGCGACUUCUCGAUCUCCGUGAGCAGCCUCCCGCCCAAGGCCAAUGCCACGGCGCCGUCGAUUGAUGUCGACCACAUGCACGCUGCGUACGCCAAGCUACAGAAGCUCUGCGACGACAACGACUUUGCUGGCGUCGUCAAGGAAGUGGCUUCGUACUACCGCCCGCUCGUGCAAACACUCGAGGGGCACGCUGCGCAUGCGGCGUUCGACCCUAUCAUGACGGCGCGUGUCGAGCAGGAAGCAAUGACGCUGCUCGUCAAGUACCGGCAGCACGAAGCCGCGACGCUGCUGUACGAGAACCUCCAAGACAUGACGGCGGCGUCACCGCUCGUCAAGCCGACGCGGCGCACCAUGUCCUUUCUCGUGGGCAUGCUCAGCUUCCAGCACGCGCACGCCGACGUCGAGGCGGCCAUGGACUUUGCGCUCGGCCAUGGCGUGUACCCGACCGAGUCGAUGAACGCGUCGUACCUGAAAGCGCUCAUUUCGACCAAGCAACUCGACAAAGCAGCGGCGUUCUGGCGGCAGCUCAGCGACGCCAACGGCCCGCGCAACACGAGCGGGUACCGCCAAGCCCUCUACCUCUUUCAGACAAUCAAGAGCUUCAAGGACAUGAAGCGAAUCGCGGACGACAUUGAACUCCAUGGCAUCAAGCUGCGCGAACUCGACUACCAAAACCUCAUGCUCGGCCUCGCCGCCGGGUUCCAGAACGACCAAGAGGACAGCGUCGACGGCGUCGAGUACGCCGAGGCUGUCCUAACGCUCUUUGAUAACAUGCAGCGCUUCGACGGCCUCUCGCCGUCGCUCGUGCCCCUCUAUGUGGUCGCGAUGGAAGCCCGCAACUACCUCGGCGAGUUUGACGAAGCGCUGGCCGUCCACGCGCAGUGCGAAGCGCUGACCACGGAAGGAAGCAGCGCCCUCGCGCGGCCCUUGGUGCAAACGUACAUUGGUCUGCACCAAUCGGAGCGCAUUUUGCCGCUCAUUGUGUCGUCGCUUGCGGAGAAGAAGGUCGUGAAUGCAAGCGCGAUGGCUGCCAAGCUCAUGGUCGAGAUGGCCAAGCAGGACCAAGUGCCCGCGCUGCUCGAGUUUCUCGAAGCCUGCCCUGUCUUCCAUGUGACCUUUUACAGCGACGAAGACGCCAAGCGCGUGCUCCAUACGCUUGCGCGCUCGACGCACGUGAGCCAAGUCGAGCUCUGGUCGCUCUUGGAGCCUCGCUUGCCACUACUCAACGUCACGACGCCGUUCUGGUGGUGGCAGCUCGUAAACUUUGUGGACAAUGCGCGCCGGUGGCGCCUUCUGCAGCUCAUGCUGGAGGCCCCGAAUGCGGUCACGUCGCCGGCCAAGCUCGAGAACAUCCUCAAGGGCUGCGUGCGCCGGGCGCUGAAGGACAAGGUCCCGGACGCGGCUGCCGACGAGGAAGACGAGGACGCGGUCGACGCGUGGGCCUUUGUCGUGUACCUUGGCGAGCGUCUGGGCUCGAAGAAGACGUUUGUGCUCCAGCACCUCGUGACCGCAUACGCCGAGACGAACCAGCACGCCAAGGCGAUCGAGACCUUUCGUGAGUUCCACCGCAAGUGCGUGCAGGGCGACCAGAUCGUCACGAGCCCGUGGCCGUACGUCAGCGCCAAGCGGUCGCUCCUCGCGCUCGGGUACGAGGCCGAGGCCAACCAGGUCGACACGAUCCUCGCCCUCCAGCACAAGGCCAUCCACACGGCGUCGUCCUAA